AUGGGCAAUAUAAUGUCAUCAAGUUUUGCACCGGAGUGUACAGAAUUGAAACAAGUAUACGACGAAUGUUUCAACAAAUGGUAUAGUGAAGAAUUUUUGAAAGGUAGGGGUGAAAAUGAGAGAAAUCCAUGUUUAAAACAAUGGCAAUUAUAUUCACAAUGUGUAGCAUUACAUAUUACAAAGGAUAAAGAUUUAAAGGAAUCAUUAGACCAGGCAAGAUUAGAGGCACCAUUUGAGUCUGGUGGUGAAUUAAUAAAUAAUAAGGAUAAUAAGAAAUAG